AUGACGAAUUCAAUCUCAACAAAACGAAAACUAAAUAUAAUUGGAUCUGUUCCAUUUAAUGAUGAUAUUUAUUCAGUAUCAUUAUAUUGUUCAAAAAAUUAUAUUUUACAUUUAAAUAUAGGACCAUUUUUAUUUCUUUAUAUUCUUUGGUUUUUAAUAUGGAUAUUUCAUUUUGGUCUUGGAGAAUAUCCUGAAUUAGGAAUGAUUAUUACUGUUAUUAUUGCAAUUUUACAAAUCAUAACAUGUCUUUUUUGUUAUUGGUUUGUUGAAAUACGUGCUUUUAUGCAAUGUGUACCUGAAAAAAGUCCAUGGAAAGCAGAGUUAGUUGUUAUAAAGCCAACGGCAAAUAAUGGUUAUCCAGAAAUGGUACCAUUACAUCAUGGAAAAAAUCCUCAUGACCAACAUGAACAUGCAUGGUUUACAUUUCAAAAAUGUCGUUAUAUAUAUGAUGAAAGUGAAAAGAAAACUUUUCAAACAAUUGAUUAUCCAUUAUCAAAUUCAUUUUCAUCAUAUCUUCAAUCAAAAGGUUAUCAAACACAAGAUGAUAUUGAUCAAGGAAUAUGGAAUUUUGGUCUUAAUACAAUGUUUAUUGAUAUUCCAAGUUUUAUUGAUUUAUUUAUUGAACGAGCUACAGCUCCAUUUUUUGUCUUUCAAGUUUUUUGUGUUUUACUUUGGUGUUUAGAUGAAUAUUGGUAUUACAGUUUAUUAACAUUAUUUAUGUUAAUCGUAUUUGAAAUAACUUUAGUUCAACAACAAAAACGUAAUAUGGCAAUGAUUCGUCAAAUGGGUAAUCAACCAUAUAAAAUAAAUGUUUAUCGUCAACGAAAAUGGAUUAAAAUUGAUACAACAGAUAUAUUACCAGGUGAUCUUUGUUCCGUUUUACGAAAUAAUGAUAAUAAUCCAUUACCUUGUGAUAUGUUAUUAUUACGUGGUCAAUGUAUUGUUGAUGAAUCCAUGUUAACUGGAGAAUCAAUACCACAAAUGAAAGAACCAAUUGAAAAUAUUGAUGAAAAUACAAUAUUUGAUUUAGAACGUCAUGGAAAAUUAUAUGUACUUUCAGCUGGUACGAAAAUUGUUCAACAUACACCACCAGCUAAAAUGCAAGGUGGAAUGAAAGCAAGUGACAAUGGUUGUAUAGCAUAUGCACUUCGAACUGGUUUUAGUACAUCACAAGGAAAAUUAUUAAAAACAAUUUUAUAUAGUGUUAAACGAGUUACAGCUAAUAAUCUUGAAACAUUUCUAUUUAUAUUAUUUUUACUUGUUUUUGCUGUUAUUGCUGCAUCAUAUGUAUGGAUUGAAGGUACAAAAGAUCCAAAACGUAAUCGUUAUAAAUUAUUUAUUGAAUGUACAUUAAUUUUAACAUCAGUUGUACCACCAGAAUUACCUAUUGAAUUAUCACUUGCUGUUAAUACAUCAUUAAUAGCUUUAGUUAAACUUCUUAUUUAUUGUACGGAACCAUUUCGUAUUCCAUUUGCUGGAAAAGUUGAUAUAUGUUGUUUUGAUAAAACAGGAACAUUAACAAGUGAUGAUCUUGUUGUUGAAGGUGUUGCUGGAAUACAAAAUUCGGAUGAUCCAAUACUAUUAUCAAAAAUCGAUGUUCAAUCACCUGUAAAACAAGUUCUAUUAACAUGUCAUGCAUUAGCUAAUCUUGAUGGUGAUAUUAUUGGUGAUCCAUUAGAAAAAGCAACAUUAAAUGCAUUGGAAUGGACAGUUACACGUGGUGAUACAGUUGUACCUGUUAAAGGUCGAUCUGGACGAUGGCAAAUAGUUCAACGUUAUCAUUUUUUGAGUGCAUUAAAACGAAUGUCAGUUAUUGCUGGACAAAGUCCAUCACCUUCAAGUAAUGAAACAACAUUUAUUGUUGCCGUUAAAGGAGCACCGGAAACACUUAAAUCAAUGUUUAGUACAAUACCAGAACGUUAUGAUGAAAUUUAUUUACGAUUAUCAAGACAAGGUGCACGUGUUCUUGCAUUAGGACAUCGAUCACUUGGAAUUCUUUCUAAUCAACAAUUACGUGAACAAUAUCCAACACGUAGUUCUGUUGAAUGUAAUUUGGAUUUUUGUGGAUUUGUUGUACUUUCAUGUCCAUUAAAACCAGAUUCAAAAGUAAUGAUUCGAGAACUUCGUCAUUCAUCUCAUCAUUUAACAAUGAUUACAGGUGACAAUCCAUUGACUGCUUGUCAUGUAGCUAAAGAAUUACAUUUUACACGAAAACCUCUUCUUGUUCUUACUGCUCCGGCUACUAGGUCAGACGAAUGGCAAUGGGAAUCCGUUAAUAAAGAUACUAAUUUGCCAAUACAACCUGCUAAUAUACGUGAUUUAACUCGACACUAUGAUCUAUGCGUUACUGGAGAGGGUUUUGCAUAUCUUAGUACAUUACCCAUUUCUUUUCUUAAUACAAUAAUGCCUCAUGUAAAAGUAUUUGCUCGUGUAUCACCAAAACAAAAAGAACAAGUGGUUAUUAAAUUAAAUAAUCUUGGUUUUGUUACACUAAUGUGUGGUGAUGGUACAAAUGAUGUUGCUGCACUUAAACAUGCACAUGUUGGUGUGGCUUUAUUAACUGGUGUAGCAGCUAAACGAGCUGAACAACAACAAGAAAAUAUUACAACUUCGACGAGUACUGUUCAACCACCAGCAGUAGCAAUAGUGACACCUCAACAACAAGUUCUGACACCAGCUGAAAUAGCGAAUCGAAAUCGUGAACAGGCAAAAAAACGUUUAGAAGAACUUUAUAAACAAAUGGAUGAAAGUGAACAAACAAUAGUUCGUCUUGGUGAUGCAUCAAUAGCAGCACCAUUUACAUCACGUACAUCAACAAUUCAAUGUGUUUGUCAUAUAAUAAAACAAGGUCGAUGUACCCUUGUAACAACAUUACAAAUGUUUAAAAUUCUUGCUUUAAAUGCACUUAUCUUAGCUUAUAGUUUAAGUGUACUUUAUCUUGAUGGUAUUAAAUUUAGUGAUGGACAACACACAUUACAAGGUCUUUUAUUAGCUGGCUGCUUUUUAUUUAUAUCAAGAUCAAAGCCAUUGAAAACAUUAGCACGAGAACGUCCAUUACCGAAUAUUUUUAAUCUUUAUACAUUAAUUUCUGUUCUUGGACAAUUUGCAGUACAUCUUACAGCUUUGAUUUAUGUUGUCAAUGAAGCACAUAAAAGAAUACCACCAAGACCUGAAGAAUUUGCUGAUUUGGAAGCUGAAUUUUCACCUAAUCUAGUCAAUUCAACUGUUUAUAUUAUGUCAAUAACAUUACAAAUAGCUACAUUUGCUGUUAAUUAUCAAGGUUAUCCAUUUAUGGAAAGCCUCCGUUCGAACAAACCACUUCUUUAUAGUAUCAUAUUUUCAUUUACAUUAGUUUUAAGUCUUAUAUUUAAUUUACUUCCACAACUAACAGAGCAAUUUCAAAUUGUACUUAUUCCUGAUGAUAUGCGGCUUAUUGUUUUUUAUGUUGUAAUUGGUGACGUUAUUUUAGCGUAUAUCAUUGAUCGAGUUUUGGCAUUCUUUAUUGGACAAGCGAAAUUAAAAGAAUAUUAA